AUGCCACCGGCUUCCCCGCCGCCGCCGCCACAGCCCCCGUCUCCGACAUCUCCCAUGGCCUCCUCCCAACCUCUGCCGACCUCUCCCUCGGCGCUUCUCGCGCACCUCGCCGCCGCCCUCUCCACCCCGAACUGGUUCCUCCACCCCUCCCUGCCGCAUCUCCCUGCUCUCCUCGCCCCGUCCCUCCCCCACAUGCUCCACGCCCCACUCCCGGUCCGCCUCGCCGCCGCCGCCGUCCGCGCCGCCGCGCCCUCCCGCCACCUCCUCGGCCUUUCCCUCCCCAUCCUCUUCCGCCUCCACUCGCUCUCCCCGCCCCCGCUCCGGCCCCUCUUCAGCCGCCCCUUCGCCUCCCUCCUCACCCACCUCUCCCGCUUCGCCCUCAACCCGCUCAUCCUCCGCCUCUUCGCGCACAUGCACCUCCACUCCCCGCCGGCCCCCACGGGCGCCACCUACAACGCCCUCAUCCGCUCCCUCUGCCGCAGGGCCGACCUCGCGCGCGCUCUCCGCUACCUCAGCCUCAUGGUCCGCUCUGGCUGGCACCCCGACGCCUACACAUUCAACUCCUUGAUCCUGGGCUACUGCCGUGCUCACCGGGCUCCCGCUGCUCGGGAUCUGUUCGACAAAAUGCCCCUCAGAGGAUUUCGACACGACGUGGUAUCUUAUGCUGCCAUGAUUGAGGGGCUAUGCGAUAUGGGGAGGAUUGAUGAUGCCUUGGAGUUGUUCGGGGAGAUGGAGCAGCCAGAUAUGCAUACGCAUGCAGUCUUGGUGAAGGGGUUGUGUGAAGCAGGGCGGGGGGAGGAGGGGCUCCGGAUGCUGCAGAGGACGAAACAAUUUGGGUGGCGGCCAGAUACUCGCGCUUAUGCAGCAGUGGUUGAUUUGUUGUGCCGGGAGCAAAGGGUCGUGGAGGCUGAGGAAAUGCUGGAGGAGAUGUCUGGCAGAAGGCUGGUGCCAUCCGUUGUUACGUGCACUGCGGUGGUCAAUGCGUAUUGUAAGAAGGGGAGAAUGAGUGAUGCGGUGAGGGUGUUUGAGAAGAUGAAGCUGGGGUGGUGCAAGCCCAAUGUGUGGACAUACAAUGCGCUCGUGUGGGGGUUCUGCAAGGACGGGAAGGUGCACAGUGCAAUGGCUUUGUUGAACCGCAUGAGAGCACACGGAGUAGAACCAGAUAUUGUGACAUACAACUUGCUGAUUCGGGCCCAGUGUGUCGAUGGGCACAUUGAGAGCGCUUUCCGUCUACUUCGCUUGAUGGAAGGAGAUGGUUUAGCUGCUGAUGAGUACACUUACAAUGCUUUGGUGGAUGCUCUCUGCAAGGAUGGGAGAAUCGAUCAAGCUUGCUCCCUUUUUGACAGCUUUGAAGAUAAAGGCAUUAAACCUAAUCUGGUCACAUUUAAUUCAUUAAUAUACGGGUUAUGCAAAGCUGAUCAAGUUGAUGCUGCAUGGUCAUUACUGGAAAAGAUGGUCUCAGCAGGUUUCACACCAGAUACCUAUACAUACAGUCCAUUCAUAGAAAACCUGUGCAAGAGGAAGGGGUCAAAAGAAGGUCUGUCCUUUAUAGAUAAGAUGCUAAAAGAGAGUGUGAAGCCCACGACAGUCAAUUAUACCAUUGUAAUUGACAAGCUAUUCAAGGAGAGAAACUAUGGAUUGGCCAAGAAAAUCUGGGGUCAAAUGGUUUCACUAGGUUGUGAUCCUGAUGCAGUUACUUAUACUACAUCUAUGCGUGCUUACUGCAAUCAAGGAAGACUAAUUGAAGCAGAAAAGGUUUUGGGUGAGAUGAACAAAAGUGCGGUCACUGUAGAUACGAUUGCUUAUAACACUUUGAUGGAGGGGCAUGCAAGUAUUGGGCACACAGAUUCUGCAGUCUCAAUCUUGAAGCACAUGGAAAAUGUUGCUUCUGUGCCAAAUCAGUUUACUUAUACCAUCUUGCUUAGACAUCUCUUACAAAGGAGACUAGCAGAGGGUGUGGUUUUGAAUGCAGCUAGUGUAUGGAAGACCACAGAGCUUACUGACAUCUUUGAAUUGUUUGAGAUAAUGAAGAAGAAUAAUAUUGUUCCUAGCACGAAUACUUAUUCUGCAAUCCUGGAGAGGUUCUCUGAAGAUGGAAGAUCGAAAGAGGUGACAUCAUUGGUUUCUCGUAUGAAAGAUGAUAAUAUAUCUUUGAAUGAGGACAUCUACACUGCUGUCAUAAUUUGCUUAUGCAAAUCAAAACUGUAUUCAUAUGCAUGGGUGUUGCUUCGCUCCAUGAUUGGUCAUGGUUUUGCACCACAACUGAUGUGCUAUCAGCACCUGCUUUGUGGGCUUAUUAGUGAAGGACAAGCUAAUAUGGCUAAAGUAAUAUUCGGAAACUCUAGGUGGGAGGACUACAAUCCUGAUGAAAUUGUGUGGAAAGUAAUCAUUGAUGGCCUGAUCAGAAAGGGCCAUUCAGUUUCAUGCCAGGACAUGAUAUCCAGAUUAGAGCAGAUGAACUGCAGACCAAGUAAUCAAACAUAUGCAAUGUUAGCAGAGGAAUUGUCUACCCGGGAAUAAUAUACUGCAACAUUCACAAGUUGAGCAACGCAGCUGAGCAAAGUUUCCACCAGUUAUGCAAAAUGUACCUUAUCAUGAGCUUGUACCCUCACAUGCUGGAUCCUACUAUAGACACCGGAGUUGCAAGUUACAUUGAUCAUUCAACACACACUGAGUUCAUGUUUUAUUGCUCUCUCAAAGAAGAAUGAGCUACUUUGGAGUUUCCAAGAAUGCUUCUGAAUGAUCUGAGAGUGAACAUGGGGCUUCAGAUUAUGCAUACAUUUACAUGAGACAUUGAGUUCUCCUGGAGCCAAAAGACAACCAACACCAGGUUCCAGUUUAUUCAAUUGGUUGUCCGAAGAAAAUUGGUGCAGUCUUAGUCCAAUUCCAAUAUAUGUUCAUUUGAGCAUUCCUUUUUUGUCAAGGGUUCCUUGGUGAUCCUUUGAGUUUACAGAUGAAGUUCCUUCUGAUGUUGGCAAUUGAGUAGAUUAAUUUAUUUGGUGCCACAGCUAUAAGUACAUGGCAGGACUGAGAGAAAAGUUAAUUGCAUCCUUUGACUGCGGCAAUCAUUUAUGCUAAACCAUCAGCAUCAUACAAAGAACUGAGAAGAGGACCUUCUUGGACUUGUACAUUCUGAUGCUUUUGUUCUCGUUCUAUAGAUCAGUAUAAGAUGAUUUGCCUGUAAUUGUCUAAACAAAUGUUGAAGACAAACAACAGGUCAGGUUGGCCACUUCCCACUA